UUAUCGUUGAUUAAGCAUUUUUCAACUUCACUUGACUUCAUAUAUUAAUAUUAUUUUUUAACAGUAAAUUAUAAAUUGUGUGUUUAUUUGUUAAUGAUUUGAGUGCCUCAAUUUACAGCAAUUAUGAGUGAACUGAAAACUGUAGGUAUAGUAGGUUUUGGUCGUUUAGGUCAAUAUCUGGUAAAUGAGUUACUGACUAACGGUGCCAAAUGGGGACUUAAAUUAGGAUUUGUAUGGAACCGGACCGCCAGUCAGCAACUGUACGACAGUUGUGGUGAUAGUAAUCUAGUGUUGGAAGAGUUGUCACAAUUUGAUAGAUAUGCUGUCGAUUUGAUUGUCGAAGUGUCGCAUCCAGUGGUGAUCCAAGAGUUUGGCACCAAAUUUGUUAAUCAUUGCGAUCUUAUGAUCGGAUCUCCUUCUUGUUUAGCGGACAAACAUCUGGAGGAAAGCCUUUUGUUGGCAUCCAAUAAAUCUAACCGCACUGUAUUCAUACCCAGCGGUGCUCUAUGGGGCGGUAAUGAUAUACGAAAGAUGUCCACCAGAAACACAUUAAAAGGAUUAUCCAUAACAAUGCACUUUCAUCCGGAUAGCCUCAAACUGGAUGGGGAGCUCAAGAGCCUAAACGAUUCAAUAUUAGACAAACCGAUUACACUUUAUAAAGGACCAGUUAGACAGGUAUGCAGUUUAGCGCCCAAUAAUGUCAAUACUAUGGCUGCAGCAGCUAUUGCUGGCUAUACGCUUGGAUUUGACGGCACUGUCGGUUGCCUUAUAGCUGACCCAAAUUUAAAAGAUUAUCAUAAAAUUGAGAUCGAAGUGACGGGACCUUCAAAUGUGGCCAACAAUUGCCGGUUCAGUGUUAGCACAACCCGAUUAAGUCCAUCAAUGGGUAACAGUGCCGUCACAUCAAUGGCAACGUUUGCAUCGUUUCUCAGCAGUCUAUUAAAUGCCAACAAACAUAUGGGAAAGGGAUUUCAACUUUGCUAACAAUAUAUAUAUAUAUAUAUAUAUAUAUUCAAUG